UGCUCAGAUACAGACGACGCGUCUCGUAUGGAGCUUGGCCUCAGCUAACAUGGCGAACAUUCAGGUAUAUUACUUCAUGGGAAGCCCGCCAUGUCGCGCAGUCUUCAUGACAGCUAAGGCUCUUGGUGUACCACUUGAGUUGAAAGAACUCGGCUACUUCAAAAAGAUCAUCUUCAGCCAGAGUAUACAAAGAUAAACCCGGAUCAAAUCGUCCCAACAAUGAUAGACGGAGACUUCAUACUGGGGGAGAGCCGAGCUAUCAUGCGCUACCUGGUGGGGAAGUUUGGGGGUGAGGACAACAGCCUAUACCCCCGGGACCUCCAGAAGAGGGCGGAGGUGGACCGUCUACUGGACUAUGAUCUGGGGGUCUUCUUCAGAGUCAUUUUGGAGGAUCUGUGGCUGCCAUUCAGAGACAGAACUCCGAAGACAAAAGAACAUGAAGAGAAAAUCAUCAAGGUUUUCACACGGAUUGAUACACUGCUCAAGGAUAAGAAGUUCCUGACCGGAGAUAACAUCACUAUUGCCGACUUUUCGAUAGUGGCUGCCUUUACAACCGAGCUAGUCUAUGAAGGGGAUAUGUCCAAGUACCCAAAUGCCAUAGCAUGGUACAAGAGAAUGCAGGAAUUACCAUACUUCAAAGAAGUGAAUGAGAACUUUUAUGAAUGGGUGACCAAAGUGAAGACGCUUCACGCUGAAAAGUCAUAAAGUAUGAAAAUAUAGGUCCGAGUUGCAAUGCUUUUGCAAACACCUGAUGUUAUGAUUUUCAGUAUUGCAUUCACAUUAUUUCACCGUCAUAUUGCCAGUAUAUUCUGAUUUGGAAAUUUGUUAUUGACGUUUUUUGACCACAUACCAUGAGUAAUGUCAGAUUUGAAAGUUAUUAUAUCAAAAUACGAAAAACGUAAUAAAUUAUCUCAUGCAAUGUAACUGAUGCACCGUUACAGUUACUUCAUAUUUCCGUCAUUUGGUAUGACCCGGUGCUAUAUGUUCCCAUAUCUUGCCUUUGCGUGCAUUUGCCAUUGGUUGGGCACCGUUACCUGGCAUCAUCACGACUGGAUAGAGAUUCAUUAACACAUUCUCAGGAAGAACUUGGAAUCAUGCAGCUGCCAUUCCCAAUGAUAAUGGAAAGGAAUCGGCCUCUUCUAUUUUCUACUCUCUGGAACAACCUUUCUUGUACUAACUAUGCAAAACAGGAUUUUUUGUAUCGUGAAUUUAUCAAAAUGGUCAAUGUCAUAUAUCUAAAAAAAUACACAUGAAUGUUUGGGAUUUAAUUCCAUAAAGAAGGGGUGCUCAUAACCUUUUUUCAGGUAAUAUGUUUAUUGUAUGUCUCAAUUCAUUUAUCAAUAAAUAAUCACAAUUAUA